UUUUGAUACUUAAUAGGUAAAUAGGCUUUUAAAAAAAGAAAAUAUCAAGAUCUGUUUUAAAAUUACUAUUUUUUUUUUUUAAGUUGAUAUUUCGAUAAAUAUAACAAUUUUAAAUUCGAUAAUCUUCAAAUCUUGCCAUUGAUUUAGAUGAAAACAAAUCGGUAAUAGAUUUAGUACCUACGACCUAAGGGUUUGCGCGAAACGAUGAGAAAAUACCAACAGUUGCUGUUGGUGCUUGUGUCUUUUGUCAGCGUCUUUUCGCUGUUGUUGUACAGAUAUGAAUACAUGCAGCUUUUGAACGUUUUGGAAGUGCUCAACUUUUUCGGUUACACAGCUGAUAACAUGACGAAUUGUGUUCUAUUGGAAGAUAAGUUUUAUGUGGAUCUGGAAAAUGACAAUUUGUUGGCGAAAGCACCUGUCUCCUGGAUUAAACGGGAUCAGUACUAUGCGUACUCUGCCUUCUGGUCCACUCAACAACAAUCUGUUCAUUUGCCGAUUCUAGGCCCAAGAUCAGCGUUUUCUGGUUAUGAAUGUCGUGUUUGGUUUAAAAUGGCAGAUCAGUUCAUUUCUAAGACAGCCAAACUUUCUUAUAGCGUUAAAACUAAUAACCAUGAUCCAAAUUUUCAUCAAUAUGAGGUUCAUUGUAAGCCUGACAAUGUUCCUGAUGACACUGAACCAUAUGGAGUUUUGCUGGGACGGGAAAAUUCUUUAAAAUUAUUCAUACCAAUUAAAAUUCAAAAGGAAUUUCUCAUCAAAGAUGAUUUAAUUGUAUGUAUUGCACCAGAUUAUUCUGGAAUUCCUGAUACAUAUCUCGUGGAAUUCAUUGCAUAUCAUACAUUGAUUGGUGUUCGUCAUUUUGUAGUAUACGAUAUUGGCAUACAUUACAAAGUUAUUGAAUUUUUACGCUCAAUUGCUGGCCACAGAGAUUUGUAUAAAACUUUUUCUACGCUGUCUUGGCAGUUUCCUUUGACUGAUUCACAAUUAGAAAAGUCAAUUUUACAAAAAGAUUGUUUGCAAAGAACACAGGGUAUUGCUGAACAUAGUAUUUUAUUAUCAUGGGAUCAGUACUUAAUAUUAAACAAAGAUGAACGAUUGAGUUCUUUAAAGAAGGACAUUGAAUAUACAUUUGAAAUAAAGAAAUGUUGUAAUAAUCGGCAGUUAAAAAAAUCUUGGCCUAUGGCUAUGAAGAAAACAAUAUGUGAAAGGACCAACAAAACAGUAAAUACCAUCAUUGAUGACCAAAUAAUGAAUUAUCAAUCGCCUACAAAAAUGGGAUCAAUACAUAGGUUGGAAGAAGUAUGUGAAAAAGCCUAUGGAAAAGAUGACAAAAGUAUGGCUAAGUAUUUAAUUAAUUUUGUUAAUAGUAAACUGUUGAGCUUAUGGAAAACUCAAUUAAAAUUAUCCAUUAGUCAUGCAACAAAUAACAAUAUGAUAAAUCUGUAUAAAAAUUAUUCUUGAAUUUAUUUUGACUGUAACAUUUAAAAAGGAAUU